UAACUUUUCCACCAAAUUGGCCCACUUCCACCACGUGCGCCCUAUUUCCAAUCCCAUCCCCUCUCUCUCUCUCUCUCUCUCUCCUUGGAGUCCCAUGACUCCCAUCUCUAACCCUAUCCUCAACACCACUUCAAAAGGAAAACAUAAAAUAAAUCUUUCAUACGCGGAAUGCCUAUGUGCAAAUCCAAAAUGGCCAUCGACGCUGUCCUUCCUACCUCUACCCCUCGCACUUCCCGCACCCCUCGCUCUUCCAAAUCCAGACCCACUUCCACCACCUUCGUCAGCGCCUCCUCGUCUUUAUCCACCGACCCUUCUACCUCCAAUACCACCGGCAGCGCUCUCUACACCUCCACCACUUCCGCUACCUCCAGCUCCCACACCUCCCUCUCCGGCCUUCGCCACUCCCUCCCCGAGAACCCCCACAUCUAUGACUACUCUGAGCUCUGCUCCGCCACCAACAACUUCCUCUCCAAGACCUACACCUCCGCCUCCUCCACCCGCUCCUGGCGCUGCACUCUCCGUGGCAAAGACGUCCUCGUUUUCCAGCGCAAGUUCCGCCGCAGCAUCGACAUGCCCCACCUCAGACAACUCCUUUCCGUUAUUUGCCGAAGCCACCACGGCAGCAUAAUUAAACUCCUCGGCGCUUCCGUCUCCGGCGUCCACAUUUUUCUCGUCUACGACUUCGUCGACGGCGCCAACCUCUCCGACUGUCUGCGAAAUCCCAGGAACCGGAGUUUCACCGUGCUCUCCACCUGGAUUUCUAGAAUGCAGAUCGCCACGGAUUUGGCGCACGGCCUCGAUUACAUUCACCACAAAACGGGGCUCAACAUGAGACUCGUCCACAAUCACAUCAAGAGCAGCAGUAUCGUGGUCACCGAGCCUUCUUUCAACGCCAAGAUUUGCCAUUUUGGUGCCGCACAACUCUGCGGCGAGAUCGACGAGGACCAAGGUGAAGAAGACCGCGCUACGGGUUCGAGUGCGAGUUACAAGGCCGAAAUCCAGGAGGUCUCAGAGGAAGAGGAUUCGAAAAAGAAGUCGAUUUCGAAAUUGAAGCGAUCGGACAGUCGAAAGCUGCAAUUUGAAGGCGUGAGGGGGUACAUGUCGCCGGAAUUCCAAUCCACCGGUAUACCGACGCAAAAGUCGGAUGUGUACGCGUUUGGGAUCGUAAUCUUGGAGCUACUGACGGGAGAGGAGCCUUUCAAGUUCAAAUAUGACAAGGGUGAUUACGUGAGGACGUCGGUAAUAGACACGGCGAGAAUGGCGAUCGAAGGAGGCGGUAGCGGCGGCGGCGACGGCGAUGAUGGGAAAGGUAUGGAGGGGAGGCUGAGACGGUGGGUUGAUAUCAAAUUAAGGGACUCGUUCCCGGUGGAGGUGGUGGAGAAGUUGACACGACUAGCGCUGGAUUGCGUACACGUGGAUCCAGAUGAGCGGCCCAACAUGGGACGCGUAGCGGGGAAGAUCUCUAAGCUUUAUUUGGAUUCUAGGAUUUGGUCCGAUAGUGUCCGAAUGCCUGCCAAUAUUUCCGUCUCAUUGGCACCCAGAUAGG